CACACUGCCAUGAUUGAUUUUAGCGUCUUUUAGAGAGAGCAACGUCGGUCUUAAUUUCAGUUUUUAGUGAUAACGAUGGUCUUUUGUUAGUUUUUGUGCAUCAAGUUAGAUGCUCAAGUAGUUACUGGAUAUAUAUUGGUCAUUUAAAUAUGCCUGAAAGUUCUACUCUGCUCUUGAGAAAAUGUCAUGCUCUAACUUUGAAUGACGGCUGAUACAUGCUAGCAGUGACAGUCAUACAUGAUGAAUGACUUACAGAAAAAAAUCACUAUGGUGGUGGAUUCGGGUCAGAGGCAUUUAAAUCUGAAACAACCAACAGCCAUGACACCCAAAGAACUCUCUGAUAAUGACGACGUUGCAACUGCUCUGAUACUUGAUCCAUUCUUAGGGUUCACCACCCACAAAAUGAAUAUAAGAUACCGUCCAUUAAAAGCCAACAAAGAGGAGUUGAAGAGCAUCUUGGAACAGUUUAUCAAGGAGCAAAACUAUGAAAAGUCGUACAAACGACUAUUGGAAGGGGAGUGGCUUCCUCGAUCUCUGCACCACACGCUGCGCAACAAGCUGCAAUCUCAACGUCUUGAGGAACAUAUCUACAGAUACCUAAGAGUAUUUGACAAGGAUUCUGGCUUUACCAUAGAGCCAUGUUAUAGGUACUCUCUAGAAGGCCAGAAAGGUGCAAAAAUAUCUGCUACCAAGAAGUGGUAUAAAAAUGAAAAGAUAAACUGUCUGGUCGGGUGUAUUGCUGAGUUGACGCUAGAGGAGGAGAACCAGUUGUUACACACAGGCAAGAAUGACUUCUCCGUCAUGUUCAGCUGCCGCAAGAACUGUGCACAGCUGUGGCUCGGACCUGCGGCUUUCAUCAACCACGACUGUAGGGCCAAUUGUAAGUUUGUGGCCACUGGUCGAGACACCGCUUGUGUCAAGGUGUUGAGGGACAUUGAGGCAGGAGAGGAAAUAACAUGUUUCUACGGAGAAGACUUCUUUGGCGACAACAAUUGCUACUGCGAAUGCGAAACUUGUGAAAGGAGGAGUAUGGGAGCUUACGCUAAGGAAAAUAUUGAAGAAGAUACUGGAAAAACUGGCUACAAACUCAGGGAGACUGACAACCGGCUAAAUAGGAUGAAAAGUCGACAGAAAACUCCUAACAAAACUGAAUCCUCAUCCGCUGCAUCAGAAUGUGGAAGUGACAGCAACAGUCGAUGUUCGUCAUCUGUUGGAGAGGGGAAGGUGAACAGUGCAGUGACACCGCUGAGUAUGCGUGAGCUGCGACAGAAGGGCCUGACCAAGUACGACGCAGAACUACUGAUUGCACAAGGCACUAAAUUUUCAGACAUCACAGCUGAUGAUAGCAAGCUGCUGUCGAGUUUUGGAGCCCACAAUGAACCCUUAAUCAAAGAAGUGGAUAGAGAAAGUAGGCUUCAAGCAAGAAAUUUACGGAAGUCAUUAAAUCGGAAGAAAGACCCAGAUGAAGGUGGAGGAUUGGCUGUUCCGUGUCAAGGUACGCCUGCACCAGAUGUAGCUAGUGAAAACACGUCCAUCGGUAUGUCACUGCGAAACCACAAGAGGCUGAGUGAACCUUCACUGGAACCUGUCAACAUGUCUACGAUAAUGAAAGAGAAAACUAACAACAACAACAAUGAUUUGUGCGGUCUUAGCUCGAUAUCAGAGAAAACUAAAGUGAUAGAGCCAGUCGAUACUAAAGUGAAACGGACAGAAGUAUCAGUGUCUAAAAAGGAAAACGAUAAAGCAGUAGCUUUAGUUAGAGUGAGUAAUAGGCGUAGGAAAAGCGUUUUAGGUAAAGGGAACUCGGUUUUAGAUGGUGUUUAUAUGCCAGUAAGUAAAUCAAAAAGGUCAUUGGCCAACAGACGGUCCAGGUAUAAUAGUGCCAGUGAAACUGUGAUCCUCAAAACUGAACCGUUAUCUGACAGCGAACAGUUACCAAUUAAAAGUGAACUCCACGAUGAAGCUGAGUCCUUCGUUGAAGCUCGUGUGCCAACUGCGGACUCGAUAAAACUCGAAAAUGAUCUCAGUAGAAAAGAAUUUGUCGCUAAAAGGGAAGUUCAUGAAAAAGAUGUUUAUGAAUUUGACGAUUUUGACUGUGAAUCCACUGAGCCAAUGAUGGCACUGAGAAGAAUGAAGUUGGAAGAAAAGAAAGAGAUGGACGAGCCAGUUUCUAACAAAAUGGAAGUGUCGGAGCCAUCUACUCCGGAGAAACAGGGUCGAAUAAAAGUGACUCUGAGAUUGAAGAGAAGUCCGAUAGUAGGGGAUUCCUCAGAGUCAGGGACAAGCUGGAGUGAAGAACCAGAAUAUGAAGUGUUAAGAACAGAGUAUGACCCGUUGUGUGUCGAGAGUACUGAUCAAGAGGACUUUCACAGAAAAAAGAAGCAUAAGAACAAGGACAAGAGGCGAAGGAAAGCUAAGGAACACCUGGCGCUAACAACUAUUAAAAGGGUAAGCUCUGAAAACAUCCAUCAUUCAGAAGAAAUAACCAUUUCAGUUUGACGGCAAGAACUUGUAUUUGCUUUUUAUUUCUUACUUUCUCCACACUAAUAACUUCCGUUCCGAGUUAUUGACCCAAUGCUUUAGUAUUCUCACCCUUUGCUCCUUACAACCCUACUUUGUGUCAACAAAGAAAUUGGGCUUCUGUUAGUGAUUCAGAGGAAGAUCUUCUGAUUUGUGUACAGUAAACACUCAUCUAUCCGAACUAAUAGAGAAAAAAAGUAAUUAUGUUUGAAGUAUACUAAAUAAGAAAUGUAUUGCAGUACCGUUUGGGUACUCUUUUUAUAUACCACUUAGCGAAAAAGUUUUAAUUGUGUAUCCUGGAUUUUCAAAAUAAACAACCAGUAUAGUAAUGAAAUCUGCUACAAAACUGUGUAGUUAAAAUAGUGCAUUCUUAAUUUUGCUUUAUCAACUGCUGUCAAAAUUGGCUGUAUUGAUGAGUGUUUACUAUCUUUGAAAAGAUCAAUGUAAACAAUUAUACCAUAAGUGAUUGUCUUUAGUUAGUUUUUUUUUUCAGUUUAAUGUUUAUAGUUUACAAAAAUCUCUUUCUCUAAGUUUGUCUUUUGACUAUCUACUGGAACGUAAUUUGAAAUAUCACCUCUCAAGAAUGUAUUGUUAAUAUGCACCACUUUUGACUAUUGAUAAAACUAGACAUUCCAUCCCCAUGUUAAAGCUCUUGUCAGUUUUAGAAUCAAAAGGUAGAAAGGUUGAUUUUAGCCACCGACAAGAGCGCACUGAUUCAAAUUUAUUAUUUCUGUCAAGUUCACUAACUGUUUCAUUUUAAUAAUAGUAGGACGACUUAUUAUAAGCUAUACUAUUUAUGUUACAUCAACUAUCUCUUUAACAAAAACCUAGAGAAAAAAAUAUCAUUUUAGACUUUGGCUUUUCCUGUGAAAGGCUCAUUCUAUUUUAUUCUUUUUGAAUAAAAAAUGGCUCAGCUGAGAUGGAAUGUCUACUUUGUGUUCUGAAGUCAAUGGCACAUACAAGCUAAUCAAUUUUGCUAAUUAAUUUUUGCCAGAAUGAAAGAGCUGUAUUAAUAUAGCUUAUGCAAUUAUGACACAAUCAUUCCUGUCUGUAAAUAUAAAUAGAUAGUUACUAAUUAAAUUUAUUAAAAUUAAUUACAUCCAAAACUAUAAGAAAUUUUUUAAGAUUAUCCUUCUUACUUGAGGUUUGAAGUGAUAGAAAUUGGGAGAGUGUUACAGAUAAAAUUUUAUUGUUCUUGUAUCCUUUUUUUGACUAAACUUAUAAAUCUCAUUACCCUAAUAGCAUUCUAUGACGUUAUUUCAGAAGCAUUUUACACUGUUGACUUCUUACAUCAUGUAAGUAAUGUGUCCAUCUCAUAUUAAAGUUAUUGAAAUUUCUGUAAAGGACAUUUUGUAUUCCAAUUUGUAGUUGAUUCUGUAUUAUAAUCGUUUUAUGGUAGUAUUUGUGUAGUUUUCUAUGUGUUUCAAUUAUUUUAUAUAUAUAUAUAUAUAUAUUUAUUUUAAAGUCUCAUUGUUUACAAAAAUAAAAAAUUUGGAUUUAGAGGGAAUUGUUGUAUAUGUCUUAAUAGUCGGAAAACUGCACAGUUAGAUAAAUUUAUACAUCACAUACUACCAAAAUGUGUUUUAUUUUUCAUUCUCUUUUUUGUAGUCGAGUGGUUUCCUUUUUAAUAAUAAGACUGAUUGUUAGUCUAAUAUUUGACUGAAAUAACAUUUACAUAUAAAAUUACAUUAUGGAUUUGUAUUAUGAUUGUAAUACUAACUAACUACAGUUCAACAUUUGAUAGCUGUUGGUAAAAGUUUCUACAUUUAAUUUGUAAUCUAUGUUUAAAUUUUGAUUAAAUAAAUUUGUUAAAGGUUAGGAUGAUAUGAUCAGUAAACAUGUUGAAAGCCAAACCAAUUUUGUUUUUUAUUGAUUUAACAAAGUAAAACUUGAGGAAAGAAUCACGGGUACAAAGGUGUAUGUAUGCAAAGUACGGAAAUAACCUACCUUAGAGGACAAAUUUCCAUUGAAAUCAAUGUUUUCUACAGAUCUAUUUAAGCAUAUUUGUUUAUGGUUGAUUAAUCUGUGUAAUUUGUCAAAUAAAUUGAAUAAAAUACUUGUAUUUAUCUUUGGAAUAAAAUAUUUGUGUACUAGACAAUUAAAUGUUUCCACAAUUGAGUGCAUCUAGUUAACAAUUUGACUUUAAAUUGUUCCCUUGACUGAGCCUAGUGGUAUUGUUAAUGUGUAAAUGUUAGGAUAAUUGUGUAAAUACAUAUAGGCUUAUGCCUAAGUUUAGUUUGAAUGCUACGCAUUCUAAUAUUUCCGUGCUGGAGUCUCUAAUUCCUCCGUAUUUCUCUGUAAACAUUGUUAAAACUAAGAUGUUAUUUCAUGUGUAUGAUAUGUACAUAAUAUAUUGUAUUUAUUUAAUAUAGUUUGUUUUUCCUUCACGACUGAAAGUAUAUAUUGUGAAUAAAUAACAAUUUCUUAAAACAA